UGCCGUCACAAGUGAGUGGGGCGGUGGAGGCUCCGUUCACCCAGAGCCCCUUCCACGCGGUGCAAGGGACCGCCAACGAGGGACCCCGGGAAAGUCAAGGAAUGAUGAUGGUGGCGGAGCAGCGACAGGUGCCUCAAACCCAGCUGCAGCCUCUGAGGGAGUUAUCCGCUCCCAGGAUGGCAAGCCCCCGUUUCCCGCUGCCGCAGAAGCCGGACUCUGAAGUGAAGGCCGGCGCAGCCGAGAGGCUCCCGGCGCAAACGCCGCCUACGCAGGACUCCGAGGCCUCACCCACUCUCAGGGCAGCGCCGACCUCCCUGAACCAGUUGCUGGAUAACUCUGCCAUCGCGAGCGCGCCUCCUCGGCCCGGACAAAACGGUAACGUCAGGGACGGCCCCAAGUCAGCGUUGGAUCCAGAGAGACCGCUGCACACUACUUCCCAGAGCACAGACCCGUCAGCUGCUUCAAAUGCAUCGGAGGCCAACCCUCGACCCGCUGUCCCGAUCCCCACUAGCAGUCCAAAUCUGCAUCCCGCCUCAAUUUCCAGCUCGCACCCUUGCACCAACGUGACCUCUCAAACUACCCCCAGCCUCAGCCAGAACCUCAUCCCGGGCCUCGGUAAUCAGCCCGGUCCAAAUGUAAAACCAACGCCUCCCGUCUGCCCCACCCUCGGUACUGGCACGAGUGCCUCCACGGGUGGAAGCCCCAACGCGGCCUCUUCGGGUCAAAGCAGUCCCGCCUUGACAGUCGGCACCAGUUCUAACUCCAGCUCAGGCCCGAAGCCCGGGACGAGUGUUCACUCAGUCAUACAGAUCCCUGCUUCCAGCGCAGUCUCCCCCAAUCAGAUCACUGUGUUUGUCACCUCUAACCCCAUGACCCUCCCCGCUCCUCCCAAGGCUCCCGCAUCCAUGGCCCCAACCAUGGUGGCAGUCCCCAACAAGAACCUUAGACCUCAGGACAUCCGGCAGCAGGCCCCCUGCCCCCGUCCUCCCCAGUUCAUCACCCCCACCCCCAACCCUGUAUUUAUCAACCCCAUUUUCCAGGUCCCAGGAGCAUCGGUGGCUCCCAAUUCCACAGUGGCCUCCCAGUCCGUCACCAUGGGGGGGCCCAUCCAAGUGUCCGCGGCUAACAUCCAGCUUUCUCCUGCCCCGAGCUCCACCCAGGCCUCUGGGGCCAGCACGCAGCCCCCCAGGAGUGCUGCUGGACAGGUCCAGAUUGCCACUAGUGUUCCCUCAUCAGUCCCAGUUGGUACUCCCCCAGCUCCCCAGCAAAUGAACCCGGGGGCUCCGAAAACAGAAAAUCUAGGCGAGGUGGCUUCGGCUCAGAAACCCAAUCGGCAGCCGUCUCCCCAUCCGAGCCCUGCGGCAUCAUCACCCCUGGCUUCUCCCCCUCCUCCUCUCUGCUCAAGUCCCGGGGCUGCUAACCCCACCCGAAAGAGCCCCAUGUCGCCGCCCCCCGCUGCCCAGGUGAAAGGUAAACCUUCACCGGCUCCUGCCGAGGUUUCUGCCACAGCGGACUUCCAGCGGAGUCCUGUAGAAAGACCUGCGCAGGGCCCCCCCGGAGCCGUGCCACCACAGGUCCUCCAUCCUCCUGCCAUCCAGAUUGAAGCUAUGGCUCCACCUACAAGUGCUGCUGCUGCCUCCAACAACGUGACUCCGCCAGCGGUCUCCCCUCCAACCCAAGUGGCUUCUCCGGUCCUCAGCCAGGCUCCAGUGGCCUCGGCGGCGGCUGCUGCUCCUCAGCCUCCUGCUGUCCCGCCUGCCACUUUGGGCUCCACUGCUGCUCCCGUACAAAGUCCCGUACCGUCCGUUGUUCCGAUUGUUGCUGGAUCUGGACCUUCUCUGGAGGCUGCCCCCACCACAUCCUCUUCGGUCGCAAACCCCGGCGGAGUUCCACCGGCUCAGCCGAACCCCCCAGCUGUGGAGCGGCCGCCGACUGCUGCGUCGGCUGAAGCCUCCCCGGUAUCUAUUCAACAAGCCCCACCGUCCCAGGAACCUGCUGCCAGUGAGAAGACGGGUGAAGAGGUGUUGGCGGGCGCGGAGCAGGGAUGGGCAAAGAAAAGAAAGACGCCCAUCAACUUAGUCCCAAGGGCUGCGGUGGAGAAACCCAAAGGGCCAAGCAGGCGCAGCUCGCGGGCCGAGAAGGAGGUGGAGGAGGAGCCGGUGGCGGACAGCGGCGUGAGGAAGCGAUCGGCUCGGCCCGGGACCAGCGCCGCUGUCAAAGCAGAAGCCGGAGCGAGCCCCACGCAGGCCAAACGAAGGAAGUCUAAAUAGAAGCAGCUGCAGUGGUGAUGAAACCUGUGAAACCGUACUGUAAAUGUGUUGUUUUCUUGUCCCCCCCCACCACCCCACCACCCCCCGCGUGAAUCCGUCUCCCCCUUUUAGAUUAUGAACUUUCCAGCGGAGGAGGAAACCAAUGUACAGAUUGUGUUUUAAAAAAGAAUCAUUGUCCACGCUAUCAUGUGCGAUUGUAGUUAGAAUGUGUGCAAUACAGUAUGUGUUGUUUUCUUUAGUGUGAAUGUGCUUUUUUUAUAUUAGAUGCUGGAUUAAUCACGUGAAGAUGACGAUGGAGCUUGUCAUGAUUGUAUAAUUAUGUUGUAAAACUGAAUUAAAUUUUGUACUGCUUUUUGUCCUGUGA